ACAUCUUAAAGACGUCUUGUAUUCCGAUUUUAGACAUUAUAUUGUCCGAGGAGAGUUUAGAAGCUGGUUUCGAAGCUUUCGAAGCGGACACUUGUUCCGUAAUCUCACCCUCUGAUCACUCCUAUCUGUAGGGUUGACCAACGAUUAACGUCAACGUCGACGACUAAUGUCUUUGGGACCGAGCACUUACAUCAAACGGGGACGUCAUCCGCAUGUCAGGCCUCCUACGAUAACGUCGGUUUGCAGUAAACGUGCACCUGAUCUACGGAGACCAGCAUCCGGAUCAACAGGCCGAGUUCUAUCGCGUGCGUACGGUCUAGGAUCAGAUCUGGCGAUUAACGUCAACGGACGUCAGUGAGAUCAGCCGUAGAAGGUGUCAAAUUAACGGGAAAGCCGCGUGAAAUGGACAGAGAGGAAGGAAGAGUGAGGGAUAGAGAGAGUGAGAGAGAGGGAGAGACUCGGCCGAGCAUAUAUACGGUUUCGGAAGGAUUACGGGUGACGUUCGCUCUCGCCGCCGCGCCGUGGUUCCCGUUCGGACCGACCGCUCGACCUCGACUCGCGGUGGUGGUCCACGCCGAGACUCGCGUCAGUCGCGCUCCGCCCGCCAUCCCAACAGCAUCGUCCUCGCGACUCCUCCGCGCGUUCACCAGCCGCCGUCGCACGCACGCACGCACGUACGCACGCGGCACCGGCUCUCGCUCCUCGUUGCCGCCUGUCCUCGUUCGCACGUGUCGUCCUCCUCGACGUCGUCUUCGACGGUCGAUACGCGCUCUUCUUCCGGAUCUUCUUCACGCAGCCCUCCGCUGUGAUUUAUGUCAGGGUGAACAUUCGCUCUCUCCGCACGAAUCGUGUUAGAACGACAGUGAGAACACUUCGAGCCGCUCUCGACGCAUCCCGGGAAUCCUUCCGGCCUGCGAAUUGGAAACCAAAGUGCCAAGAUCGACAUCGACAGGCCGCCAAUCAUGAACGGGAUAUCGAGUCAAUGCGCCAAACUGAAGAUGUACGACGGUGAGGACGAGAAGGGGAUAAUGAUCAAGAAGCCCGGGCCACUUAGGACUGUCUCCUGGAGCGAGAACGUCGAGGAGACCGAACUGGACAUCCCCGGGACGCCAAGGACACCACGCACGUCUACGACACCAGGCCACGAGAAAUGCAUGUUCCACCAUGACCUGGAGCUGGACCACCGACCGCCCACGCGGGAAGCGAUGUUGCCGGAGAUGUCCCGCAGUUACAAGUUACUGCUGAGCUCUUUGGGCGAGGACCCGGAGCGACCGGGGCUCUUGAAGACCCCGGAACGCGCCGCGAAGGCCAUGCUGUUCUUCACGAAGGGCUACGACCAAAGCCUCGAGGAUGUAAUUAACGACGCGGUGUUCGACGAGGAUCACGACGAGAUGGUGGUGGUGAAGGACAUCGAGAUGUUCUCGAUGUGCGAGCACCACUUAGUACCGUUCUACGGCAAGGUGUCUAUCGGCUACCUCCCCUGCAAGAAGAUACUAGGCCUCAGCAAGCUCGCCAGGAUCGUGGAGAUCUUCAGCAGACGCCUCCAGGUGCAGGAACGACUGACGAAGCAAAUCGCGAUAGCGGUUACCAAGGCGGUGCAGCCUGCGGGAGUCGCCGUGGUCGUCGAAGGAGUGCACAUGUGCAUGGUGAUGAGGGGCGUGCAGAAAAUCAACAGCAAAACAGUGACCUCGACGAUGCUGGGCGUGUUCCGGGACGACCCGAAGACCCGCGAGGAGUUCCUGAAUCUGGUGCACAGCAAGUAAGGACGGGGGCCAAGAGAACGUGCCGUCGUCGCCAGGGACCAUUGAUUGAGAAUGCGCGGCACCGGCCCCCCUCCCCCUCCCCCCCCGUGGAUCGCCCCGUCAUCCCGUUCAUCCGAUUGCUACCUCGUUGCAAGGACCUCGCUGGGAGGAGCUCGCCCAGGAGGCAGGUCGCCGUUCCGAACUCACUCGCUCUCUCUCUCUCUCACUCUCUUAUUUGCCCGUUUUCAUUUCAUUUCCCUGAGAAAUUAUUCUCGCCUCCUGCGUCGACCUGUCCGUCCUCCUCGUGUCGUACUGCCGUCACGAGCACGCUCGGGACGGGACAGAUCGCUAUUCGUAAGAGCGGAUGGCACGAGACUCAGGAUGAACGAUAUGAGAGCGCGGCCUGCUGACGAAAGCGCGCUUAAACUGCUGAUCGAGUGACAAAGACAAUAUCCGACAAUAUCCGACGACGCGAUCCGUCGUCCGCUCGUGAGCCCUCCGGCGGGCGGACCACGGGCGGGGAACUCACGAGCGGCUGGUAGGUCGGACGACGUUCGCGACGUGCGUUCUCCGGGACGAAGGGGCAGCGAAUAGACGGAGCAGCUGAGACGGACAGCUCGGGAGUAGUUGUUUAAUUCGAGAUAUUUAACGCGCGACCGUCGCUGCUGGAUCAGCGACCGACCCGCCGAAAGAACCACCCGCCGUUCUCUGUUCCUUCCGCCGAGCGCUGAGAACGUCGCCCACCCAAGACUUGUCCAUUUCGAGGUGUUUUUAGGAGAAUUUUUCGCCCCCGGGACUCCCAUCCACGGCACAAACCAGCGCGCUCGAGGAGUCGACGCGCUUCUCGUGACAAUAAAUUGUAUAUCUUUGUACGUGUAUAUCAUUUAUUUGCUCUCUCUCUCUCUCUCUCUCUCGCUCUCGAUCUCUGGAGAAUUCUUUCAAAGAAACCGCGUUUUGACUCCUUCAUCGGUCUGUGCCGCCCGAUGUGAGCUCUCGGGACUCGAUUUAACUUCGUCGAUACACACGUUGUGGAGUCUUCUCAAUAAUGAACGGCUCAUCGCGUGUCUCGAGUGAGAAACACGAUCCAGCCAUCGGGUUUCACACCGUUGUCGACUUGCGUCGUGCAAUCGUCCACUUUUGUUUGUCGCAUAUACGGGAUAUGUUCGGUGAAUGAGAGACAGGCGUGCCAGUCGAUAGAUAAUUUUUAAGUAGCCUGGCGGACAAGCGCGCUCGUAGAAACUGAAAUAUCUCUCUCGUGAUAUCGAAAAACCAUGUCGUUCUAAUUGAGGCUCCUGGCCCCUCGCUGCAGUCGUCUUGUUUGUCAACGUCAGAAGCGAGAAACGCUUGCCCAAAAUUCUCGCGGAAUAAUAUAUAUGCGUUGAAUAAAAGAAACUUGGCCAUAAAAUGACACUCGUGGCCGAUUAAGCGCAUUCGUGGAAUAUUUCGAAAACUUUCCUUUUGCUCUAACAAUCGAUAAAUAACCGUAAAAUUAACAUAAUAU